CACCCUCGUCUCGUCCCUUUGUCCAACCCUCUUCUUUUUAAAGUAAAAAUCCUCUAGGCCGCUGUGGGGUCGCAAAAUGAACCAGGUCGCCCUGGUUCCUGGAGGCCUUUGAGUCUCCCUGAUUUAAGGAGACGCGAAAGGUAAGGAGGAUCGGAACAAUUCCUUCGCGGAACCAUUGAGGUGAAGCCUAGAGGAGCCAUUUGAGAGCGGACCGCGGCGGGCCGGGACCGGACUGGUAGGCAUGGCGGCGGUGGAGUCGGAUGCGGACCCGAAGGCCGCCAUCCCUGUGGACCUGCAGCGGGAACGGCGACUGGUGUGCGUGGAGUACCCGGGCGUGGUGCAAAACGAAGAUAAGAUGCUACAGACUCUGGGCGGCGAGGAAGGCGUCUCUCGAAUCUACACUGACCCCACCAAGAGGCUGGAGCUCUACUUCCGGCCCAAGGACCCAUACUGCCACCCAGUGUGUGCUAACCGCUUCAGUACCAGUAGCCUGCUGCUCCGUGUCCGGAAAAGAACAAGGCGUCGCAGAGGUGUCCCGGGAGACGAGGCCCACCCCCACGUCACGUUCGAUCUGGAAAUCCUUGGCACCAUCUCCACAAUUUACAAAUUCCAGGGAAUGUCUGACUUCCAGUACUUGGCAGUGCACACAGAGACUGACGGCACGCAUGUGUCCAUGUACGACAGAGUGCUCAUGUGCAAGCCUGAGAAGGAGGAGUUCUUCCAUCAGGAGCUGCCACUCUACAUCCCCCCGCCCAUCUUCUCCAGGCUGGACACCCCUGUGGACUAUUUCUAUCGCCCUGAGACACAGCACCGAGAAGGCUAUCACAAUCCCUCUAUCUCAGGAGAGAACCUGAUUGGACUGAGUAGAGCCCGGCGCCCUCACAAUGCCAUCUUUGUCAACUUUGAGGACACUGAGGUCCCUGAACAGCCGUUGGAGGCUGCAGUGCAGACAUGGAAGAAAGCCUGCACCAACCCCAUCGAUCAGAAGGUGGAGGAGGAGCUGAGGAAGCUCUUUGACAUCCGUCCCAUCUGGUCACGAAAUGCUGUCAAGUCUAACGUCAGUGUCCAUCCUGACAAGCUUAAGAUCUUGCUUCCCUAUAUGGCUUAUUACAUGAUAACAGGCCCAUGGAGAAGCUUGUGGAUUCGAUUUGGCUAUGACCCUCGAAAGCACCCAGAUGCCAAGAUUUAUCAAGUCCUUGACUUUCGAAUCCGUUGUGGAAUGAAAUACGGAUAUGGCUCCAGGGACAUGCCCGUCAAAGCGAAGCGCAGCACAUACAACUACAGCCUCCCCAUCACCGUCAAGAAGACACCCAGCCAACCUGUCACCAUGCAUGACCUGAAGCAGGGCCUGGGCCCAUCGGGAAGCGAUGGCCCACGGAAACUGACCUACAAUAAGUACAAGCUCAAGGAUUCGGUCUACAUCUUCCGGGAAGGGGCUCUGCCACCCUAUCGACAGAUGUUCUACCAGCUGUGUGAUUUGAAUGUGGAAGAGUUACAGAAGAUUGUUCACCGCAAUGAUGGGACAGAGAGUGUGUGCACAGAGAAAGAUGGGUGGUGCCUCCCCAAGACCACAGACCACCUGAGAGACACUAUGUCACUCAUGAUUCUACAGACCAUCCGCUCCGAGAGGCCUGCUCUGUUCUCCAACACAGGUAAGGCUGAUCAUGGGAAAGAGCAGCUGAUGUUUGAAUCUGGAGAGGAGGAGGAGGAGGAGGAGGAGGAGGAAGAGGAGGAGUUCAAGCCCUCAGAUGGGAGCGAGAAUGAGAUGGAAACAGAGAUUCUGGAUUACGUGUGAGGAAGCACUGCUCCCGGGUGGCCAGGACAUGCUGGUAUGCCAUGGUGGGACAGUUGGGACAGGCUUAUGUCCCAUCCAGAGUGGUGAGAUGAGGACACUAGGCUGUAUGCAGCCUGACUUCACCAAAGGACCAGCUCUUCAAUUCCCUGAAAACACCCUGUCUCACAGCUUCCUUUUGUGCAACCAGAGACUGUCAAGUCCCUGCCAAGUGGGCCUCCAUGGAAGGUCCCCUGUGCGUAACCUCCCCAGGGCAGCAGCACCACUUCCUGAGGGUGCUGAGCCAAAGAUGGGCCAUUGCCUUGUCUCUUUGUGGUCUCAGUGCCUUGAACAGCCUGGCACGCACAGUCCAGACACAGCCAUUCACAGCCAAAUGCCUUGAGCCAGCCCAUCCUCCUGACAAGAUUGAAGACCGUUGUUUGACUUGGCUCAAGUGAUUCCCCAGCUCACUGGGGAUCAGCCAGCCAGACCCGAGUCCUUGCUGACCCUGCUUCCUGCUGCUUCAAAGAACACUCAGCCCAAAGGCAGGAAGGAGCUCUUCCCCAAAGGCUCGCUAGCCUUGCCUGUCCCCAGAGGACUUCUUUCAUAGUGGCUGCCAGGACACUUCAGCUGGGGGCUUUCCCACUCCUAAUGACUGCCCAUCCUUGUCCUUGGGGAGGAGACCUAGGUUCCGAUCCCAUCUCCCCAGGAAUACUUUGACUCUGGAUCUGAGGAGGGUGCUGAGGGAGGGACCCUACGCCCUCUAGAGGCCUCACCUGCACAGAGCCCAGGGCAAUGGCCGUCUUGCCUUGGGUUGGCCAGACUAGAAGGACUUCCUGAAGUCUAGCCACACUUAGUAAAGUAUUGUAAUUCUCCUGAAUUCCCAUGUAAAUAAAAGUGCUUUUAGUAAAAAAAUAAAUAAAUAAAUAAAAAUAAACCCCCCUCAGAAGCAA